AUGGCGGGCAUGCCCGCGCUGGGUAACAGCGUCAGCGCCGGCGAGUUCAGAGAGAACAGAGAUGCCAGUAACCGAUCAUCCAGCAGUGGUUCCCGGAGAGGUUCCUCACCUAAUAGGACCCAGGUGAAUCAAAAUAUAAACUUAUAUAUACAUACUCCAGAUGUGACGAGAACGCGACCCACCAGCUACGAGCGAGAUGGCUACCAUGAGAAUAAGGUGCUCACCAUGGCAUCACUCAGCGGCAGCGGCGUGGUGACCCACACCGCCCCAUCCUAUGAAGAACAACGGGCGAGUCCCGCGCUCCUUAGUCGGGGAGCUAGCGGCACGCCCGGCGGCAGGAGCGCCAGGGAUGACGGGUACUGCUCCGCUAGCAGCACGCCCAGGGCAUUCGAUCACAAAUCUACAAAAGGCUCUGUAGUCACAUUAUCUUGUUACAAAAAGGAGCCCAAGAUCCAAAUUGAGGAAGAAUGCUUUUUCAACGACACCAACAAAAGGAUUAGAGCCAAUAGUAUCAAAGCAGAGCCAAACGAUGGACGAGAGACUUGGGGCACGGGAGCAGAUUUCCUCCUCUCCAUCAUAGGGUUUGCAGUGGACCUGGCCAAUGUAUGGAGGUUCCCCUACCUCUGCUACAGGAAUGGAGGAGGUGCAUUCCUGAUUCCUUACACCUUGAUGCUGAUAUUCGGAGCCGUCCCCCUCUUCUACAUGGAGCUGAUCCUCGGCCAGUACAACCGACAGGGGCCCAUCACACUGUGGAAAAUAUGCCCUUUGUUCAAAGGUGUUGGAUUUUGCGCAGUAAUGGUUGCUUUUUACGUGUCAUUUUACUACAAUGUUAUUAUAGGCUGGGCAUUCUACUUCCUGUUAUCAUCUGCGCGAUCCGAACUGCCCUGGCUGCACUGCGACAACUCCUGGAACACCGAGGACUGCUGGGACGCGGCCCGGGGCAACGCUACCAACCGCACGGACUCUAAAUACCACGGGCCCCUGUCUCAUUUCACACCAGCUUCGGAAUUCUUUCACCGCGCAGUCUUAGAGAUGCAACACUCUGAAGGUCUGAACGACCUGGGUCUUCCGAAGUGGCAGCUUGCCCUCUGCCUUGGCCUGGUCUACGUGACGCUCUACCUCUCUCUUUUUAAGGGGGUCAAGAGUUCUGGUAAAGUAGUAUGGAUGACAGCGACCAUGCCGUACGUAGUGCUAUCCAUCCUACUGGCGAGGGGCCUCCUCCUACCAGGGGCUACAAGGGGCAUAGCCUACUACUUGCAACCUGAGCUCACCAGGCUUAAGGACACGCAGGUGUGGGUAGACGCAGCCGUCCAGAUAUUCUACUCGGUCGGAGCUGGGUUCGGAGUUCACCUGUCUUAUGCCAGCUACAAUACCUUCCAUAAUAAUUGCUACAGAGACUGUUUGGUAACGACGCUGGUGAACUGUUUCACAUCAUUUUUCUCGGGAUUCGUCAUUUUCACGUAUUUGGGCUUCAUGUCUCACAAACAGGGUGUGCCAAUAUCUUCGGUGGCUACUGAAGGUCCUGGACUUGUAUUCCAAGUGUACCCCGAAGCCGUGGCCACGCUACCAGGAGCCAGUUUGUGGGCGAUGCUGUUCUUCUUCAUGCUGAUCAUGCUUGGGUUGGAUUCGGGAAUGGGUGGCCUCGAAUGCGUGAUCACGGGCCUCCUGGACCAGGCGCGGUCGUGCGGCGCGCACUGGCUGCGCCGCGAGCACUUCACGCUGUUCGUCGUCUGCGUGUCCUUCUGUGUCGCCUGCAUCAAUGUCACACCGGGCGGCAUUUACAUGUUCCAUCUGCUGGAUACAUACGCCGCUGGCAUAUCACUACUCUGCUCCGCACUCUUUGAGGCUGUUGCUGUCUCCUGGUUUUACGGAUUGAAGAGGUUUUCGGACGAUGUAGAGGAGAUGCUCGGCUUCAGACCAGGGAUCUAUUGGAGGAUAUGCUGGAAGUUCGUCAGUCCCAUUUUUAUUAUUGGCGUGGUAGUAUUCGGUCUUCUUUACCAGCAACCGCUACAAUACCAACAGUACACGUACCCGCCGUGGGCCGUCGUGCUGGGUUGGGGUUUAGCCUGCUCUUCGAUCCUCAUGAUACCCAUCGUGGGUAUUUACAAGUUUGUUACCACGCCGGGAACUUGUCGACAGCGCAUUGCCUGCUGCAUAUCUCCUGAGUCAGAACACGAAGCGAUCCGGGGCGGAGCGCCAGUCAGCCGGUUCACAUGGAAACACUGGCUUUAUGUCUAA